CUAACACUUGUGCUCUGAAAAUGAUAAAAAAUACGAUAACCUUCUGACCAAACCCUAACUGCAACAACAAAAACUCUCAUUUCACGCUCGCAACCAACACUACCAGAAUUCCCGAAAAAACAUAAACAAAACCCUAAUUCUCCUGAAAAAUAUUACCGUUUCAUCCUCAAUCAAUGCAGUGAAGCAAAACCCUAACACUCUCCAAACCUCUACAGACUGACCUUCAUCAUGUCGGGGGAUCGCCGGGAAUCACCUCCGGUGAUCGGAGGAGGAAACGGUGUGGUUGAACCGGAGAAAAAACCAGCUCCAGUGAUUGUGCCGAGUCAGAGGCUGAGACUACACGCUAACAAGGAUCACAUGCCGGAGAGCUAUGAAGAUCUGCAACUGGAUUUUUGUCCUUCGAUUUUUAGCUCGCUGGAGAAAUACUUGCCGCCGAAUAUGCUUCAUGAUAGUAGAGAAGAGAAAGUGAAGUUCAUGAGAGAUAUUCUAUUAAAGUAUUUGCCACAUGGAGAGCGAACCAGAGCUCAGAAACAUAGAGAAUACAGGCAGAAGAUAAUAUCGCAUUAUAAGCCUUUGAAAAGAGAGUUAUACACAAUGCACCCUGUUACUUUCUUUGUCCCCUCCUUCAUGAAAGCAAUCAAUGAUAAUACAGAGGACAGUCUUAGAAGCAUAAUAUCAGAACCCUCUCCUGGUGUGCUCACAUUUGAGAUGCUUCAGCCACGCUUUUGUGAAUUGCUAGUAGCAGAGGUUGAAAAUUUUGAGGCAUGGGUUAAUGAUACAAAAUUUCGAAUCAUGCGACCAAAUACGAUGAAUAAAUACGGAGCUGUUCUGGAUGAUUUUGGCCUUGAAACAAUGCUUGACAAGCUUAUGGAUGGUUUUAUCCGUCCUAUAUCUAAAGUUUUUUUUCCUGAUGUUGGUGGGGCAACUCUGGAUUCUCAUCAUGGUUUUGUUGUUGAAUAUGGCAAAGAUUGGGAUGUUGACUUAGGCUUUCAUGUGGAUGACUCUGAAGUAACUUUGAAUGUUUGCUUGGGUAAGCAAUUUUCUGGCGGAGAAUUGUUUUUCCGGGGCACAAGGUGUGAUAAACAUGUAAAUACAGGAAGUCAGCCAGAGGAAAUAUUUGAUUACUCUCAUAUUCCUGGACGAGCUGUGCUUCAUCUUGGUCGUCAUAGGCAUGGUGCUAGGGCCACAACAUCUGGUCAUAGGAUCAAUUUACUCCUGUGGUGCAGAAGGUUUUCUGGAAGAUUCAAUUGAGACCUAUUAGGAAAUUUAUGUGCAUGUACAAAGUUUUUUGGUGCACUGAAGAUUUUGUGCUUAUAUUGUCUACACUUUUCAGGUAAAUUUUUGCUUGACCUCUAUCUCUAUUAGCCUCUGUUUGAUCUAUUUGUAUGAGAACUUACUGGGUUCAUAGUUUUUUUUACGAUGCUUAUUUCCUUAUGCUAAAUGUACUUCCUCGAUCCCAUUAAUAGUUCUUCCUUCUGGUCUUUUAACUAUUUAAAGAGACACCUAAUGUUUAUGUUUAAUUGAAAUCGUUGAUGUUAUUAGAUAUCCAAGAGUAAUUUGUAAAGUCAUAGAUUACCAUAUAUUUUCAUUUGGAAAGUAGACAGAUAAAUUGAGGCAUUUCAGAAAGGAAUUGGGCAAGUGUAAAUAUGAGAUUGAAGUAGUAAUUUGCUUCUCACAUUGAACUUUACUUUUCCUAGCAAUUAUAAGGUAUUUA